CUUGAAGCCUCUCGUCCUGUCGUACGUCGCUGAAUGAUGACGCAGUAUAUUUUGACUGUGUUUUGGUGGUUUAUUUGGCGCUGAACCGCGAGCGCUGUCAGUUAGUCCAGUCGAGCUCUGCUCCGGUGGUCUGUUUAUCUCACAGUGGCGCGUUCUCUUACAGCGGAUGGAAUCGCCACAAAAGUGCGUUGCUAAUGAAUGUGUUUCUGCAGUAUGAAGAAUGGAAGAAGACGAUGUGACGAUUAGAGAGCAGAACUUCCACAGCCAAGUGCGCGAGUACAUUGUCUGCUUCCUCCUGUUUGCAGUGCUGUACAUCGUAUCGUACUGCGUCAUCUCACGCUACAAGAGAAAAAGCGAUGACCAGGAAGAUGAGGAUGCCAUCGUCAACAGAAUAUCUAUGUACCUGUGUACAUUCACCCUGGCAGUGUCUGGAGGGGCUGUCCUUCUCUUACCAUUUUCUAUAAUCAGUAAUGAGAUCCUGCUCUCCCUACCAAAAAACUACUACAUACAAUGGCUCAAUGGAUCACUCAUUCAUGGCCUGUGGAAUCUGGUGUCCCUUUUUUCAAAUCUCUGUCUCUUUGUGCUGAUGCCUUUUGCCUACUUCUUCCUGGAGUCCGAGGGCUUUGCCGGUUCGAAAAAGGGCAUAAAGGCUCGAGUGCUGGAGACAUUUGUCAUGCUCUUUCUGCUGGGUCUCCUCAUCCUGGGCAUUGUAUGGGUGGCGUCCGCUCUCAUUGACAAUGAUGCCGCCAGCAUGGAAUCGCUCUACGAUUUAUGGGAGUUUUAUCUGCCAUACCUCUACUCCUGCAUCUCUCUGAUGGGAGGCCUGUUGCUGCUUAUGUGUACUCCAGUGGGGCUGUCACGCAUGUUCACAGUGAUGGGCCAAUUACUAGUCAAACCCACAAUUUUAGAGGAUCUGGAUGAGCAGAUUUAUUGUAUACAGCUUCAGGAAGAGGCCUUGGAGCGUAGACUCAAUGGUACGAUGUCAAACUCUUAUUUCCAUGGAAACUCUCAGCACCAUCUCUACAAAGAGCUGGACAACAUUCGCAAUCAGAGGAACAAACUUGAAAGGAGAAAGAAGGCCUCAGCCUGGGAAAAGAACCUCCUUUACCCCAUAGUAAUGCUGAUCCUGCUUGCUGGAACGGCGAUUUCUGUUCUCCUGGUUGCCCUGAACAUUGUGUACUUGCUUGUUGAUGAGACAGCUUUGCCAAAGGGUUCAACGGAAAGAAAUCUUGGCAAUGCCUCCUUAUCCAAAUUUGGAGUUGCCCAGGCGGUUAUCGAAAUCAUUCUCAUGUUUUAUCUGUUGGUCUCAUCUGUGGUUGGCUUCUAUAGCCUUCGCGUCUUUCAGGAGCUCACACCCAGAAAGGACGACACUACCAUGACAACGAUCAUUGGUUGCUGUGUAUCCAUUCUAGUGCUGAGCUCGGCCUUGCCUGUCAUGUCCCGAACACUUGGAAUAACAAGGUUUGAUCUCCUGGGUGAUUUUGGACGAUUUAAUUGGCUUGGAAAUUUUUACAUCGUACUUUCGUACAAUCUUCUGUUUGCUGUGGUAACCACAUUGUGUCUGGUCCGAAAAUUCACAUCUGCUGUGCGAGAGGAACUCCUCAAAGCCCUCGGUCUGGAUAAAUUAAAUCUGUCCAACAGUACGACAGAUGCAGAGUCAGGGAAACAUGCUGUCAACGGGCAUCAGAAAACUCUGUGAGAACAAAAUCGAGCCAUUCUCACACAAACUCAUGUGUAUGUAGUUGCCUUUUUCAUUUUAAGAGUACAGUGGUAGUCAUACCACUGAGCCUCACUCCAGAAUGCUUCCAGCUCUAACCAGGCUGAGAUUCACAAAUAUUUCAUUCAGGUUAGCAGUGUUUGUUAUUCAGCUUGUAAAUGCUUUCAUUUCAAUUCUCUUUAAGUGAGAACAUGUUAUUUUCUUGCUGACCUGCACGCCUAAAAUGCCUCCUGACUGCACCCUUCAAUGAGGGAUUAUUAUUAUUAUUUUUUAUUAUCUAUAAUUUUUCUCUAGUUUAAUUAGGGGAAAUAUUAAGUUGUUUGCCAAGUUGAUAAUUUCACGUGUAAUAAAGCGUGCAUUAGUCUCAAUUAGGGCUUAUAAUUUUCCUCCUGAAUUGUUGUUUGAUGACAUUUUGUGCCCUUGUAGAUCAGUAUUUUGUAAAGUUAAAUGGACUUUGUUAAAAGAAACUGGUUUAGUUCCGUUAAAAACAGCACACAAAUGACAUAUAAGCAUGUUUGUUAAUGACAAGAGAGGCACCUUUAUUACACAUGAUAUUAGUUCUAAUAUUAUAAACUACAUUCUUUGAAGAAUUGUUGCAGUGAGUCUAACUGAACAUAGAUAAUCUAAAUUUAAGUUAUAGAUGCUUUAAUGCCAAAUUAACUGGUUCUUGUGCAAAUGGGGCACAUUACAAAAUCAGUUCAUAAAAAUGUACAAGCAAAACAUGAAGGCCAGUCACAAUGACAAAAACUAAUAGUCAGCAUCAGUCUGUAGCUGUCAAAUUUAUUGCUUGAAUUGUGAUGUGUAAAGUAAGUUUUGUAAUCGGAAAACUUGUUAUUCUUUGUCUGCCUUUGCAUAUGUUUACAUUCACUUUGUUAAAAUGAAGAUCAGUUAUUAUUUAUAAGUUGAUCCGUUAUAAAUGAGGAAGCAUUAUGAUUUCAGUUUCCUCAUGCUUUACUGUGACAAUUCAGGUUUGUUGGAUGUGACAGAAUUAAGUAAUGGGAAUUGAUGAGGAAACUCCCCAAACAUGUGCCUUACUCACAAUAUUGGCAUAUACUGGGUAGUAUUGAAAUAUUACAAAGAGUGGAGGAGCCUACCUGCCAAAUUUCUUCUUGCACUGCAACUGCUCUUGUUGUUUUCAUUGGUAGGUAAGGUUCAGAUGUGGACAUUAUGGGUUCGAAUCAUUACCAACAACCAGCUUAAUAUGUUAUUGUGUUUACUUGAACUGGUUGUGGCAGAUUGUGUUUUGGGAUAUUGCCACCUGCCAGUCACUCUUGGCAAAAUCACCUCAAUGAUUUAACGCGUUUAAUGGAGUGUAGUGUAUUGUAGUCUUGUACAAAACUGAAAAGACAGCAGAGAAAUGCUGCUCUAUUGUCGGAGUAGUAAAAUGCACCAAAUAUAUGGGAGAAGGUGAGGCACAAUCUUGGGAUAUGCUUCCUGUUCCUGUACUUAAAUCUGCUGCAACUUCCUUCAUAACAUUUGAUACUAUUCUAUGCUACAUGCACUACGCAAACUGAGAGCAUACAACCAAUAACAUACAUCCUUUGAACUUGUUUAUUGCUGCAGAGCUUGUAAGGAUCUAUAUAUUUGCCUUAUUUCAACAUCACUAGCAAAACAGCCUUCACAACAUCUAGUCUGUACCUCUGCAGCUGCUUUGCUUUUUGCAAAUGCCAGAUUAUCCUUGAAGAUAUUUGUAUGUUUUUCCACUCACUCUCAUGCUGGAUUUUAAGUCAGCUCAGUCUGUUCAGUCUAACAAAAUACUGGUCUACACAGAUCAGAGGCUAAACUCUUACAUUAUGUAGGAUCUUGUAUAUGAAGGCUGUGAAAACAGGACUUGCAGAGCCAUAUCAGUCUGAUUCACAUCUAUUAAAGCUUAUUGUGCAGUGAAAUGAAUGUGAAGUCUGAGCAGAGUCAGUAGAGCGCAGCAUGACUCAUUGAAGGGUCUCCUUUGUAGCUAUGAAAUACAGUGUCAUACAAGCUGUUUUUGUUUUGUUUUUAUUUUGUCUAAAUGUUACUGAUUACACAGUUAAUGUACAAUAUGUUCAGUAUAGUUUCCAAACAUUCCCAUUCUGAUGACAAAACCAGUAAGCUAAAAGAACAGUUUUGGCCAUUCCUGACAUUUCUCUUAAGGUUUUAUGUUAAGCUGAACAGACAUCCUGUGUGCAGUCUUCAAUUUUCAUCUCUUUAACUAUGGCAAGCCUCAUAAUAAUGUAAAUGAUGUAUUUACAUGUAUAUACAGUAUAUUUCUUUGUUUUAUUUUUGUACAAUGUAGAUAUGAAGUGGCCUUUGAGCCUCAUUCAUACUAUGCUAUUUGUGGAAAGGCCAGACAAUUAAUCAUCCAGCAGCUGUUUAUUGUACAAAAACAAACAAACAAAAAAAAUGACCUCUGAUGCCUUAAAUAGGCUUUCUAGGCUUUUUCGUUUUUGUCUCCUGUUGUCCAGUAUUUAGGAGACAAGUUGCAUGCGUGAGAUGUGCAAAUGAGUGAGACCGAUUGUUAGUUUGUGUACCUUUUUAUUGACUAAUUCACUGUGAACCCCUCUUGUGAUCGUCAAUAACAUGGCAUACCAAAAAGACAGGGCGUAUCUCUUAACUCAAACUGGCCAAAGUCAAAAGAAACUAUCAGGGCACUGAGAUUGAAAAUUAAAGUUUGGGCAGAAAUCAUUUUAAGAAACAGAUUGUCUGCAGAGGUCUAGGAUUCAUAUGAGGGACACUGGAUUAAAAGCCUGUGAAAAGGACAUUUAAAAAUGGACAACUGGUUCAGUUUGUUGCAUUGUUUUUUUUUAAAAAGUUGCAUGUAAAAUAUCUUUUCUUCCUGUUGAUUUGCACAAAGAACAUUUUGUAAGAAAAUAUCUGGGGAAUAAGUAUUAUGUCAAUAGUUGUGUCACUGAAGUAAGCUUUAUAAUGUUUUUUCCUUUUUGUGUGUAUGUGUAUUAAACUUUAAUGUCACAAAUUUUGUAAUGCCAGAGCAUCUUACGUUAUUAUCAACUAUAUAAUACUAAUUUCUUUAACGCUAAAUUCUACUCUUAGGCUUUAAUUUAAUUGGUUUUCGAGAAAUGUUGCUGUUACUUAUGCAGGACAAGGACUGGUGUGUCAGUUGGUGUGAUGGGUUUCUUAAAAUAGAGGCUUUUGCAGUGAUAUACUAAAAAUAACUGAAAGAAAAAGAAGCUGAUUCAUUCCAUAUUCUAUAAUCUGCUUGUUUUGGCACAAGAGUUACAAAAAAUGUAGUACAUCAGAGAUGCUGUGGUAUUUCAGUUUAUUGGUUAGUUGAACUGUUGACAGCGUUUCACUAGAAAGUGUCCUGUCUACACAUCAAAACAGCUUCUUUGUUCAUCAUAGGCUAAAUGUCUGUCUGUCUCAUUUGAAUUCUCAUCUUCAGAUCCCAAGGAAAAGCUAAUUCUGUUUCCAUUCUUGCCUGUUGCUUCUUUUACAUGUGAAUGUAUUUUCAGAAUGUUUUCUCUCUCUUGUUUGUAGAGUUUCAUUGCAUAUGUUUGUGAAGCAAAAUGUUCAGAUUGUCUUUAGUUUACGUUGUAUUUCACUUCAGUUUACAAUAAAGUUUGUGACUUUUGACCGUU